AGGAAUAGGUUUGCCUUACGUUGUUUCGUAAAGCCGCGGGUUUCGUUGGGUUGGAGCUUUGUUGGCUGUCGAAUUCGAUCGAUCAGAGGGAAAGAGAUGGACACGUUCUUCUUGUCGCACGGGUCGCCGACGCUGUCGAUCGACGAGAGCUUGCCGGCGAGGUGGUUCCUGAAGUCGUGGCGGUCCAAGGUGUUCCAGGCGGUGCCCAGCGCAAUCCUCAUCAUCUCCGGCCACUGGGAGACCGAUUCUCCCACCGUGAAUGUCAUCAACGGCCACAACGACACCAUCUACGACUUCUACGGCUUCCCCAAGCCCAUGUACAAGCUUAAAUACCCUGCACCGGGUGCACCCAACCUGGCAAAGAGAGUGAGGGAACUGCUACAGAAUGCUGGCUUCGGCCAAGUAAAAGAGGACAGGACUCGCGGACUCGACCAUGGUGCAUGGGUUCCGCUGAUGCUCAUGUAUCCAGAGGCAGACAUACCUGUGUGCCAGCUUUCAGUACAGACAAACAAGGACGCUACAUACCAUUACAACAUGGGGAAGGCACUGGCCCCUCUUAGGGAUGAGGGAGUACUUAUAAUUGGAUCCGGAAGUGCUACUCACAACUUGAGAAUCUUGAAUCGGGAGAGCCAGAAUGUGGAAAAAUGGGCUCUGGACUUUGAUACAUGGCUCACGGAGUCACUGAUAAACGGGAGACAUGAUGAUGUGAACAACUACGAGGAGAAGGCACCCAAUGCAAGAAAGGCACACCCAUGGCCGGACCAUUUCUAUCCGUUGCAUGUGGCCCUUGGAGCUGCAGGGGAACAAGCUAAGGCUGAAUUAAUUCAUAGUAGCUGGAGCUACGCCGCUCUUUCUUAUUCCUCAUACAGGUUUACUACUGCAUAAUGACCAGUGACAAAUAAGCUCCCAAGUCAUGUAACUUACCGCUCGUGCUAUGUUUUAUCAUGUCUCAUCGCCUACCUGCUGUCAUCCGGUAGCUGCAUCAAGUUGGAUGUUUGUAUGUGUAAGUGCAGCCUUUGCUACUAAAUAUGCAUUUGCUUAAAAUGUAAAGCUGUCAUCAUUUAUGCAAUGUGAACAUUGUGCCCAUAUGCAAUAAAAUUUCCCUAUGUUUUUGGUUCUUUGGUCAA